AAAAAACGCAUGAGAAAAACUUAGAAGAACUUCUGGGGAAGUCCAUUUGCAGCUUCGGUGAACCUCUGAAAACCCUAAGAAUGGGUUCUUGUUUUCUAAAUCAGGCGUUAAGACGGAGCAACAACUUCACAGCUUAAAAGAAAAGACCAAAUAAUUUAUUUACAAACCGAUGUUCUUUUCUUCAACCCUGAACCUCUCGCGGAUAUGACUUCACCGUUUCUAGCUGGACUUGCUGUAGCAGCUGCUGCUCUUGCUGGAAGAUAUGGGAUCCAAGCUUGGCAAUCAUUUAAGACUCGUCCAGCUACACCUAUCAUCCGAAAGUUCUAUGAAGGUGGUUUCCAACCUACAAUGACAAAAAGGGAAGCAGCUCUUAUUCUUGGCAUUAGGGAACAUGCAACUCCAGACAAGGUUAAGGAAGCUCACAAAAAGGUGAUGGUUGCAAACCACCCAGAUGCAGGUGGCAGCCAUUACCUUGCUUCCAAAAUUAAUGAAGCAAAAGACAUAAUGCUUGGAAAGACAAAGGGAAGUGGAUCGGCCUUCUGAUACCAUUGAGUUCCAAUACCUCUCCAGCCUUGUUUGUCAAAUCUUGGAAGUUGAGCUAGAAGAGUGAAACACUGUCUAUCAAAAUGGAAGAGGGAGUAGUUUUUUCUGUUACUUUAUAAUACAUGUUCAAUCUAAUUCUUGGGCGUUUGUAUUAGUCAUGCGAUUAUUGAAGCAAGAGAUUUUCCAAUUCUUUUAUGACCAAAAAGGUUUAUAUAUAAAUUUUUCCAUGUAUUAGAUAUGAAGAAAUCAUUUAAGAUAGGACCAUGGAUUUAUUAUUAUUAUUUAGAGCAAUGGAGUAAGCCCACUGAGCAUC